GUUCAUUCAAAAAAGAUGCGGAUGGCGGUAUCUGUCAAGACUGCCCAGAUGGGUCGUACAAUACCUCCAGUGGUGCAACUGUGUGUACCGAGUGUCCAAAGGGGUUCUUCUGUCCACAAAAUGACCGUCUGCCACAGGCUUGCCCCCAGAACUCCUUCUGCCCGCCGGGGAGCACGUCCCCCCACAGCUGUAAUCCCCCUCUCUAUGUGAUAGAUGGCAGCGGUACAGGCUGUAAACCUACCGGAGAGUUGAUGGCCAUAAUAGGAGGCUGUAGUGCAGUUGCUGUGGUAGUUGUUCUCAUUGUAAGUGUACAGUGCUACUUCAAGUGGAAGAAACAGAGAACGCUGAUGCCAGCCGGAGAAAGUGAACCCUUGACUAGGUCAACACAACCAGUGUAUCAGGGCUUGUAGCAGGACAGGGGAGAUAAGUCUUGUAAAGCCCUGACAGCGUCAGUGCAACCAGUGUAUCAGUGUUUGUAGUGCGACAGGGGAGAUAAUUCUGUAAACCCCUGACAAUGUCAGUGCAACCAGUUUGUCAGUGCUUGCAGUAGGACAGGGGAGAUAAUUCUGUAAACCCCUGACAAUGUCAGUGCAACCAGUUUGUCAGUGCUUGCAGUAGGACAGGGGAGAUAAUUCUGUAAACCCCUGACAGCGUCAGUGCAACCAGUUUGUCAGUGCUUGCAGUAGGACAGGGGAGAUAAUUCUGUAAACCCCUGACAAUGUCAGUGCAGCCAGUUUGUCAGUGCUUGCAUUAGGACAGGGGAGAUAAUUCUCUCACGCCCUGAUAACAGGGGAGAUAGUUCUGAUGACAGAUGCUGUACAGAGAGUUCACCUGCUGUACAGUUGAAAGACAACCAGAGACCCUAUAACAGACUCUAAGACAACUAGCAAUGGCAAGUUAGUCAGUGAUAUUGGCAAUAAUUGUUCUUCAUAACCAACUACAAGUGCCGCACGACAGUAUUGAGAGACACAGAGCAGCUGGCAAUGUGGAGACCUCCUCAGUGAUACAGGAUAGUGGCUACAGGACACUGUUUGAGUACUAUUGACUGCAUCAUGCCAGGUCUUGGGAUUCAGUGCUUUCAUUCUGUUGGUUGUUGAAUGAUAUGUGUUAUGGUGGCUACACUAUCAUGGCCAAAAUGUAGCAGCAGAUUCUAAUUUAUAAUUGUGCCAUUUUUCAUGUCAUUUAUAUAACUUUCAGAGUUAUAUCAUUUCUAGCACUUCAUAUCUACUUAUCUGAUGUAUGAUUAUGGAGUUAUACUGUUAGAUUCACAUGUAUUUAUGGCUGUGAUUAUUGAGAGUUUGCUCGAUGUUGUAAAGAAAACCCACAGGGUUGAUUAUAAACUGGACUGGACCUUGUAACAUUCCUUGUGACUGAAAUCCAAAAGGUCACAUAUGACAUUGUGCUGCCUGGGUCUAUCAUGUUAUAGUUCAUACCAGAUGGGGAGGUCAUGUGCAUAACCAUUAUCACUGUAGCCCUCUUUCGUCACAAGCGAAUGUCUGCAGCUGCUUUGCUGUGUAGUCUGUAUGUUGAACUGGGGCGGUUGGGUAGCCUAGUGGUUAUAGCGUUUGCUCGUCUAGCCGAAGGCCCGGGUUCGAUUCCCCACACGGGUACAAUGUGUGAAGCCCAUUUCUGGUGUCCCCUGCCGUGAUAUUGCUGAAAUAUUGCUAAAAAUGGUGUAACACCCAAGUCACUCACUCUAUUUUGAACUGAAGCCAUGGUCUGGAUACAGAAAAAGGGAACAGCAAAUGAUCAGAUCAAUGAACCCUUGCAUUACAUUGCACAACUCGUAUUUCGUGUGCAACAUUUGCUACAGCGUUGAGGCCAUUUCCCCCACUUCUGUGAGUUGCACAUGGCCCCCAUGUUUGAAAAACAGUAAGAAUAAGAAUAAUAAUAAUAAGAGCUAUAUUUAAAAUUUCAUGAUGUAUAUUAUUUUCACCCUGGUUAAUUAUUUAUAUUCUCAGCUCCCUGGGGGGAAUAGAACCCAUGCUGCCUGUGAGGCUGUAGGAUGUUAGCAGCAUAUUGCCGUCUGGGUCAACACAGUCAUGUUGAGAGAAAACAAAGUCCCUCGCCUAAAGAAACUACAUUUAGAACAGGUGCUUCCCAUUUGGGCUGUAGGUGUUCAGGGGCGACGGAGGAAUGUAGUGUGUACAAAUACACUUAAAACUUGACGAUAACAAUUAAGGCUAAUUUUUGACAAGACAUGUUUUUGAAAUGUUUAUGAUUGUGUAUGUUUUAGAUGUAAAAUUCAUGUUAUAGUUUUGUUAUUGCAAAGCAAACCUUGAGACUGCAAGUCAAGUUAUCAAAGUGUAAUUACUGCUGGCAGUGAACGAAGCUCUCGCCUCACUGGUCGCCGAGAUGAUUUAUAAGAUGGGGCAACUAUGAACUGCAAUUUGAGUCAGCCUUCAAAUAAAGGGUCACACACCUGUCAAAGAUCAGCCCAGUAUAACAUAAUGGUGAAUGACUGCUCAGCUGAACAAUAACGUGAGUAAGGUCAGCUUUGAGCAGUGAAAUGGUGUCAAGGAGUAUGAUUUUCAAAUCUGACUGAUAUUAAUAAAAACUAUACAUUU